AUGCUGAAGGUGAAUAGGUUGGAGGAAAUCGACACUUGCUACAGCAGUGCCCGGCUGGGGAAAAUGGCCUUUAUUCAGUGCAUGGAAAAAAUUGAGAAAGUGAAAUAUUUUCUGGAAGAAACUUCUAGUGAACAAGACUCAAGGUCUGGAAAGAAUGAGGCUAAAGAGAAGGUGUGGUCGCAUGUAGGCCUGAAUGAAAAAACACCUGUCACAAGCAAAAGGACCUCAGCCCUCACAGAGGACGUCCCAGCUCCUUCUGCCCCAUUUGAUCAUCGAAUUGUGACAGUCAAACAAGCAGAAGUCAACAGUUUUUAUACCGUGAGCAGGAAAGAAAUUUUGGGAGCGGGACGUUUUGGCCAGGUUCACAAGUGUGAAGAGAAAGUCACUGGUCUGAAACUGGCAGCUAAAAUCAUUAAGACCAGAGGCCCUAAAGACAAGGAAGAAGUUAAGCAUGAAAUUAGCAUCAUGAACCAGCUGGACCACGUAAAUCUCAUUCAGCUCUAUGAUGCCUUUGAGUCUAAGAAUGACAUGAUCCUGGUCAUGGAAUAUGUUGAUGGAGGGGAGCUGUUUGACCGAAUCAUUGAUGAAAACUACAAUCUGACUGAGCUUGAUGCCAUCCUGUUCAUUAAGCAGAUCUGCGAGGGAAUUAGGCACAUGCAUCAGAUGUACAUCCUCCAUUUGGACCUGAAGCCUGAGAAUAUACUGUGUGUGAAUCGAGAUGCUAAACAAAUAAAAAUUAUUGAUUUUGGAUUGGCCAGAAGAUAUAAACAAAGAGAGAAGCUGAGGGUGAACUUUGGCACCCCGGAAUUCCUUGCCCCUGAAGUUGUGAACUAUGACUUUGUCUCCUUCCCUACUGAUAUGUGGAGUGUAGGAGUCAUCACCUACAUGUUACUUAGUGGCCUGUCUCCUUUCCUGGGUGAUAAUGAUGCAGAGACACUGAGCAACAUCCUGGCCUGUCGGUGGGACCUGGAGGAUGAAGAAUUUCGGGAUGUCUCAGAGGAGGCCCAGGAGUUCAUCUCUAAGCUCCUGAUUAAGGAGAAAAGUUGGAGAAUAAGUGCAAGUGAAGCUCUGAAGCACCCUUGGUUGUCAGACAGCAAACUACAUUCCAGGCUCAGUGCACAGGUGACCACAUCUUGUUAA